CAUUGCUGUUUCAAUAUUUCUUGCCCAGAAUUUGUUGUAUCAUGUUUUUUCCUUGUCUCACUUUCACUUCUUAAAUAACCUUGUAUCAAUGGUAAAAGAAGCUACCAAAUAUUUGUGGUUCCUUUACAUUCAAUUGUACUUGAGAUAAAAAAUUAGUCAAAUGCAAAACAUUUGUUUCCACUUUUACCUUUCAUUGCAAGUGAUCAGCUUUUUUUGCCUACAUUUGUGAGUCUUGGUUCAGUUUGAUUUGUUCAAUUGUUUCUUCUGUCCAAACUGGUCAAGAGUUGAAAAUGGAUUCAGAGCAGUUUCUCGAGAUUGCUAAUCAAGUGGCAAAGUUGAAAAUGUUUCCCUACUUUGAGAUAGCUCAUGCUGUUAUUAGCUGUCUUUACAUACGAGAUGAUCUUGGUCCAAGUGGUCAUACCUUUUCAAGGAAACAUCCAUUUGCCUGUUGGAUCUCAUCGAUGGUCAACAUCUUUGCCAGUCCAAUUUUGGCCAAUUUUUUACUUGGCGAACCCAUUUUGAGUGCUUUCAAGAGUUCAAAUCAAGUCAUGUUAGCCACAAUUGUUUGGUAUCUCAUAUUUUAUUCACCAUUUGAUUGCAUUUACAAAGUUACCAAAUUUAUGCCUUGUAAAGUUAUUCUUGCUUCAAUGAAAGAGAUUGUUAGAUGUAAAAAGAUUCAUGAUGGAGUUUCUCAUGCUUCCAAGAUUUAUCCAGAUGGAUAUCUUAUAAUGACUAUUGUCGGAACAGCUAAAGGCAAUGGUGCAAGUUUUAUCAAAGUGUUGGAACGCUUAAUAAGAGGAGUUUGGACACCAAAUGCUAUGGAAAUGAUUACACCAACUUUUCCAACGAAAGCUUCAAUUGUUGCUUCCAUCAUCUUUAUUAUUGACAAGAAAACGGAUUGGAUUUCAAUUCCUCAUGCUCUUAUUUACUUUGGAGUUGUUAUCUUUUUCGUCUAUUUCAAAUUAUCAUCCAUGCUAUUGGGUAUUCAUGAUCCUUUCAUCCCAUUUGAAAACCUGUUUAGCUUCAUCUUCUUGGGAGGUGUUUGGGAUACUUUGACUCGUUUAUUAACAAAUGGUAAAAAAGGAGAAGAGCCCAAGAUUGAGAUUCCUAGACGAGAAGAAAUGAAGAAAAAGGAAUGAUUUGGAAGGAAAAGUAAACAGGAUAAAUCUGAUGCUCUUCAAGUACUUCUUGGUGUAAAUAUUACAUUAAACAAUAUUAUAAAAAACUGA